AGGUGGGGCGCGGGGGUGGGGGUGGGGGGGAAGCGGGUGUGGCCGCCAUGUUGGUGAAGGCGACUGUCUCCGCCGGGAGCUCCAGCACGUUGGCUCUGCGGGCCUAAACCCGCCAUAUUAAUAAAGAGAAAGGGGAGUGGGCCCUCCCUCCCUCCCACCCCUGUACUGUGCACGCCCCUCUUCCCACCCCGCUCUCGGCACCGAGCUGGCGGCGCCUUGUCGCCCUGCCUCGUUUGUCUAGCGUUUGACAGCAGCUUAGCGGGUAGCGCCGAAUGAGGGGCCCGGGGAAAUGCCGACCAAUUGCGCCGCGGCGGGCUGUGCUGCUACCUACAACAAGCACAUUAACAUCAGCUUCCACAGGUUUCCUUUGGAUCCUAAAAGAAGAAAAGAAUGGGUUCGCCUGGUUAGGCGCAAAAAUUUUGUGCCAGGAAAACACACUUUUCUUUGCUCAAAGCACUUUGAAGCCUCCUGUUUUGAUCUAACAGGACAAACUCGACGACUUAAAAUGGAUGCCGUUCCAACCAUUUUUGAUUUUUGUACCCAUAUAAAGUCUCUGAAACUCAAGUCAAGGAAUCUUCUGAAGAAAACCAACAGUUUUACUCCAACUGGAGCCUGUAAUUUAACACUGAGCAGCAGUCAGCAGGUACUGCUUGAACACAGCUAUGCCUUUAGAAACCCUACGGAGGCAAAGAAAAGGAUCAUUAAACUAGAAAGAGAAAUAGCGAGCUUGAGGAGAAAAAUGAAAACUUGCCUGCAAAGAGAACGCAGAGCAACUCGAAGAUGGAUCAAAGCCACGUGCUUUGUGAAGAACUUAGAAGCAAGUAACCUGCUACCUAAGGGCAUCUCAGAACAGAUUUUACCAGCGGCCUUAAGCAAUCUUCCUCUGGAAGAUUUAAAAAUUCUUGGACAAGAUCAACAAGAGAAAGCAUUGCCCGUUCUCUAAAUGUAAAAUGGGCGAGAAUCUCUGCGCUCAAGUUUUCCUGACACAGAACCCAGUGCCCAUCUCCUGCCAUCACCGACCACACUCCGGCAGUCACACUACAGUCAAGUGCUUGAGUUGUACUUGAAGUAGCAGUAUCACUGUAUGCAGACCUGAGGAAGUGGAGAGUUCAGUGACAAGUUUGAGAAUGUGUAGAAGUGCCUUACGUGAGGAUUACAUACGUAGACAUCGUCUUAGGAAACACUGUUGGAGGUUAUUUCUGGUCUUGUUUUUUUUUAAGCUGCUGUCAAAUAGGAAUGACAGAUGAUGUGUUCAUAUAAGUAAAAGCAUUCUGCACCAAAGCUGGACCAUUACAUUCUAAAGAACACGUGACGUGGGAGCUAAUCGCAUUAAAUAUGAGGAAAACUACUGGAUUGUGUAUGAAUUAUUGGGAUUGUGGUUGAAAAUUUUAUAGACUAAAAACCUCUGGGGUACAGGGCAAGGGUUUUUUUGUUUGUUUGUUUUGUUUUUUUGUUUGUUUUUUCUUUUUUUCUUUUUUAGCGUUUUGUAUUUUAACCAGUGAAAGUAAGCUUAUCAUGGCCUUCUUUAUAAAAACAUUAAAUUCAAAAGUAGGUUGUAAAAUAAUUUCAAAAUAGUAUUUUGAAUGUGAAAUACCUUUGAGACUCCAAACUAGGUAAGGCUCAAGUACCUCAGACUGGGAAGUCCUGAUGAGUUAUAUUCAACUUCUAAGAAAAUAUACAGAAAAUAAUGCAGAAUUUGAAGUCUAGCUUUUACCUUAACAAAAUAAAUAGACAAAUGUAUAUUAUUCUUUUUCUUAUAAAUAAAAAUAUUGAAUUUCCAUCUUCAUAAUUGAUACAUUAAUGAACACUUUAGACCAUUUGUUCCUUGUGUUGACAGCAAAUUCUUAAACUGAUCUUUCUUUUUGUGACUACUUCUUAAUUGCCUUCUUUAAUGUCAAAAAUAGCUUUUUCCCUCCUUAAUAAAUCACAGUCUAAUUCAAUCACAGGGUACUUAACUAUGUUGUGUUUCAGACCCAGGCCAGGCUACUGAGGUACAUAUUUACCAUACCAAUGUCUUAGGAUUUAAAAGCUUUUAAGAACAUGUUUGAGGAUCUAAGAAGGUAUUUGAGGGUCCAAGAAGGUGUUUUAAGGUUGGCAAGUUCAGCGUAGAGGACAGGGUGUGCCAUCCCUUCCCAGUACCAGGUAGGAACUGGGGGAUCUGAGAGGACCUGGAGCCCUCCGAUAAAAGUGUAUUGGAUUUGAUAUUCUAAAUAGGCACCUCAGCCAGUUGUCCUGCAUCUGAGACCCAACAGUGUUAGGUUAAAACGGACUCAGUUUAUCUUACCCCAUCAGCUUGCUUUUUAACAUUUUCUUCUUUAGAAAAUCAAAACAACUUUAAUUCAUAACGGAAAUAAAAUCCUCUAAGAUAAUGUGUGUCUCUGUGAUAAAGCUAUGCAAAUGCUGAUAUUUAUAAAAUAGAAAAAUGGAGAUCACUCUUCUGUCACCACUUGCACCUUGAAAAGGCCUUGUGUCACUAAAUGUUUAAUAAGAACCCUUCCUUCAGAAUAAGAGCCCUUCCUUCAAAAAGCUUUGGCUAAGUAAGUAAAGUGUAUUCACAUAAGUAAGUUAUUUAGCUCUUCUUCAAGUUUGUGAGAUUACCACAUGAGCCUAACAUGCCUGAUCACAAAUAACCAUAGAUCUUUCCUAUGCAGAGAUGAAUUUGGAUUUUCUGCCAUCUCUUGGGCUGUUUCUCUCUGUCCCACCCAGUAACCAGCACUGUUCAGUAAGAAUUGCUUUCCCUGCAAACCUAGUGGUAAAAACUGGCUUAGUUUUUGUGUGAUACUUAUAUCCAAUACUCGAUUAAUUCUUCGGUAGGUGUGAUCACCCUUGUUAGCUAUCUUAAGUACUGGGUGAAGUUCCUUAAAUGUGUCAUCUUAUAUUUUUCCCUAAUACUGGUUCACGUGUCUUUAUAUUAUCUCAAAUAUCAAUGACAAACACACGGACUGUACCUAUUUGAUAGCCUAAAAUAAGCUGGGAAACUAAUCAUAUUAACAUAACCUAUGUUCUUGAAAUGUAAACUUUUGUAUGGUUUACCAUGUUCCCCAAGCACUAAUUAAUGUGGUCUGGUUAAUGUUAGUAUAUUGACAUCUUAAUACACUUUUUAAUCAUAAAUGUAUGACAUUGUAAAAUACAAUGCGCUUUUGGCAAAGUUACAUAGUCUUCAUUCAUUAUUAUGGGCCUUUAGUUUCUUUGGGGUGUUUUGUUUGUGUGCUGGAAAUUGAACCCAGGGCUUUGUGCAUGCAGACACCACUGCUGAGCCAUCUCCCCAGUGUGUUUCAUUCACUAUUUUUGGAUACCAUUGAAUAAACCUCAGUAAAUGUAAUUUUCUGCCUAUUUUCUUCAUGUUAUUUUCCUAAUAACAUGCUUCAAAGUCUCUUACAUGACUGUAUUAAUAACACAUCUGUCUGUCUUUAAAUGGCUUCCUAGCUGAACGUGGUAGCGCACAUCUGUCAUGUUAGCCAUGAGGGAGAAGGAAGUGAAGGUGGGGAAAUGUGAGUUCCAGGCUCUUAAAAACAUUCAAGGAGUCUUAAAAUCCUGCCUUCAGUUUGCUGAUAGAUUUAUUUUGUUGACUGCAUACCAUAAAACUGAUGGAGUGAGGCGUGAUGAAGCCCUGGGACAAACGUCUCUAAUUCCUGUGCUUUGGAGGUGGCGGGAGGACCCAAAAUUUUCAUCCAAGCCUAUUUGAGACCUUGUUUGAAAAAUAAACAAACCAAUCAUAAUUACAACAGCUCUCCCACAGUCAGACCUCACAGACCUAUCUAUCCAGUGUAUGUACAUGCUACUGACAUUCACAAACAACAACAACAAAAACACAACUGAAGGCUAGGAACUUGAUAGGAAGACAAGCACUGAGCUGGGAGAUGCGCCUCAUUCAGCAUGCAUCAAGCCCAAGGUUCAAACUCCAACACCCAAAUGGGGUUAAAAUGGACAUUGGCUGCCCUUCGGUUGCUGCAAGCAUCCCGAAAGAAUGGUGCUUAGAAUAUGAGAUGCAUCCUAUGAAAGAAGUAGGUAUAGGAUGCUUCAGUACACACUGUUGAGUUGAAACUCAAUGGAAAACGUAGAAACUUUAGACCUAUUUACAACCAAGUGACUUCGUUUUGAAAUAAAACGAAUUUUUCUUAGAAUGACUGGUGAGAGGUGGGCAAAGCACUAGGGUUUGACCUGUGUUCAGUGUUACUGGGUCAUAACCUUUAAAAAAAAAACAAAACACAAUGAACAGAUCAAAAUGAUAACUUUGCUGAAAGAAAGACACAGCUAUAAGUAGGUCAAAGCUGAGAACUGGAAUGUUUGAAAUUUGAUAUUUUGGGAACAAAUGAUGCCAUUGGUGGGUUCCCGAACUAAAUCAUGAGACAGUUGUUUUCCAGUCUCUGCCUUUCUCCUUCCAAGCUGGAUUCACACAAGGUACCUUUGUUUAUUCAUUCACACAUUACUCUGUCCCACUUGCAAACAGAUGGAGAUACCUGUUGUCUACGCAGUUCUAGGACAAAUACGUGUCUUCUACCCUCAAGUUCUCCUUUUAAUGUAUGUUAUUCAAAUAGGAAAAAAUCAUGUGUUUUAGAAAAGCAAAAGGUAAAGUUUAAAUGUAUUAAAUAUGUCUAUGAGAUCCUAGCUAAUGGCGUCUAUGGAGAUUUUGUUACGUUCUCUCAUUUCUCAGUGUUAGAAUACGGGUAAAUUUUAAUUUUGAUAUAAUAGAGAAACUAAUCUUUAUAUCAGGAGUGGGGUUCUUUUGCUAUUUAGACAGUUGAAUACUUUAUAAAGUUAAGGAUUUUGUAAUGUAUAUUAAACAACAACAUUGUACUCACAAAAAGUGUAUUUGGAAUUUGUUACAAUUAAAAAUUGUUUCCCAAGGAA